CAUCAUGUUGAUUCCAAGAGAAGAAAGAAAAAAGAUCCACCAAUACCUCUUCCAAGAAGGUGUUGUUGUCGCCAAAAAAGAUUACGAUCAACCAAAACACGAUGAAAUUGACACCAAAAACUUGUUUGUCAUCAAAGCUUUACAAUCCUUAACUUCUAAAGGUUACGUUAAAACUCAAUUUUCAUGGCAAUAUUACUACUACACCUUAACUGAUGAAGGUGUUGAAUACUUAAGAAAUGAAUUAAGUAUCCCAGAAGGUAUCUUACCAGUCACCAGAUUAAUGGGUGCUCCAGCUGAAAGACCAAGAUUCCAAAGAGGUCCAAGAAGAAACGAUGGUGGUUACAGAAGAAGAGCUCGUGAUUAAAUUAAUUAGCUAAAAGGAAGAUAAUCUAUCAUUAUGAAAAGAAAGACUUGUUUUUAUUAUAAAAUAUGUUUCAUUAUUAGUUUCUUUUGUUAAUUUAUGAGUUUUCCCCCCUAUAGGUCUUUUUUUUUCUACCAAUUAAUUUAAUUAUUGUGC